AUGAAGAAUCACAACAGCACUUGUUCUGGUGCUAUUCAUCCUGCAGCAACCACUCCUGAAAACAACAAUAAGAAAGAAAAUCAACAGAAUAACAACCCUGGUGCACCAAGCGGAAUUCCAUCUCAAGAGCAUUUCCAAACAACUUCGACUACUACAACAACUACGACUGGAACGAAUACAUCUGCUACUAUUCAGAGUCCAUUCUCAUUCUUGAAUUCAGACUGUGGACAUCCACAACAACAAGCAUUGGAAGAAGAAUCACCAUCCGUCGUGAGCAGCGGUUCUGGUUGCUUUCAUGGACUUGUGGAAACUGCCACUCGUCCAUCCAUUUCAAUUGAUAAUAAUAAUAACCGUAGCAGUGAGGAAAGUGCCCCUCUUCCUCCUGUCUCUCAAUUGCUUCAUGUUGAGAAAGUACCAUCCCCACUCCUUCUUAGACAAGUUGACAACAAGGACCGACCCCAUCACCCAUCCACGGACUCUCGUUACAAAGCUACAAAUAUGUCUUGGCUAAAUUCGGGCAAUGUACCUAGUUCCAAUAGGCCCUCGUUCUUCUUCUCUGCAUCCUCAUCAUCCUCAUCAUCACCACCUGGUGGAGAGAAUUCAGAGAUGGACCGUGCGAUGAUGAUGAUGGAUUCAACAACAACAAGAACAACAACAACAACCCGAGUAAGAGCUGAUUCAGAACGGUCAAGCCAAGAAAAAACAAAAUCCAUCCCGACGUCAUCUCUGUCUGUCACUACAACUACUACUACUCCGACUACUACUCAUAGAACAGAGACAAAGUCAAACCGUCCAUUGAGUGGUGUUGCAACCACAGUCACCUCUUCGAACCCAAGCACCUCAAGUCGUCCUUCACAACCACUCUCCAUGCUACUUGAAGAUUCUAAAUGCCACUCGUCGUCAACCAAGAACUUUUUGAAAUAUAACAACACAUCCAUUGUCAACAACAACCAUUUGUUUACUCCAAAUAGAAGCAGCAACAGUGGUAUUAGUACUACUACUACUACUAUUGAAAACCAUCCAAUACCAUCCUCACCGAGAACAAGACAGUUCCAUUCUGCAGCAGCAAGCCAUGUACCAACUGCAUCACCACAAUCCGAGAAAACAAACACCUCUCCGCGUGGACACAAUGCAUCUGAUUUAUCACCACCACCACCAUCACCACUCGUACCACCAUGGACAAAUUCAAUACCCAAUCAAAGAGAAGAAGAAUCAUUCACAAGUUGUGUUUCAACUCCACGAUCGUCCAACUCUACUGCAAUACAUGCCAUUCGAACUGUUUCCAUGAAUCAGACAGUAGAGAAGGAACAUUUCUCGUCAUCUUCAUUGAGAAGUAGUCCUUCUCUUGCACGAGGAAAUACAACUUCCAUUCGCCUGUCAGAAGAAUUUGCAAUCCAUCCUUACCAGAAACAGCAACAACAACAGGUUACUGCCACACCACAACGACAUGCUCCUAUGGAACCAUCAUCACCACCACCACCACCACCACAAACCUUGGUGUCCUCAGCAACAUCUGAUCACGCAUUAUCAACAUCAAAACAUGGAACGAGGAUGACCAACCAAGAAGAAGAAGAAGAAGAAUCACUAGUACCCAAUCAUGCAGAUCACAUGGCCAUGAACAAAUCAAGGGUAAAUCCAAAUUCAUCUAAAACGAUAAGACCUAGUAUGUCCACAACCACCACACGAUCACCACAUGCAUGGCAACAACAACAAUCUCCAGUCACACCCUUGGUGUCCAUGGACACCGAUAAUGUAGGUGUUGUCGCCCCUUCGAGAUUGUCUUCGAAUCUCUUACUUUCAACAAAAAAACACUUCUUCAUGCAUUCUUCUUGUACAACAGAUGAUGGAUCACACCACCUAACCUCAAUUACAUCUGCCUCUCCUUCUUGUUCGAUUACUACUAUUACUACUACUCCGCCACUCACUUCGUCCUCGCCAUUAACAUAUUCUUCAAGACACGGACAACAUGACUACAAGAUAGCAUUCCAUAAUCCCGUUGUUACUGGCAGUGGUGAUGGGGGUGGUGGGGAUGGUGAUGGUGGGGACCUGGCAGCUCUUUCUGCUUGCCGAAAUAAUGCUAUUGCUGUUGAAUCUUGUGAAAGGUUUAUUAACUCCAAAUUUAGUAAACCCAAAGGUGCUUCCGAGGAGAAACUUUAUACAACAACUACCAUGCCUCAUGAUGAAACAAAGAUGAGCGAGACUUCUCCUGCCUUCCUGAAUCGUGUUGCCUCCACUGAAGAGGAGGAGGAGCAUGAACGAGAUGGCUUCUCUCGAAGAUCCUCCAUCGUUGAAUCGUCAUGUGCAGAUGACGGAGAAGAAGAAGGAGGAGGUGUUCAUCAAGUGAUCUUGAUCCGUGGAGGAAUCGAACAGGACCACCACCACCACGUUGACACAGUGAACUCUAAAAAACCACCUCAUAAAAAGAAGGGACCGAAAAAGAGAGAAAUCUCCCGACAAGAUAUGGAAAAGUAUUUUCAUGUUUCACAAUCCGUUGCUGCCAAGUUGUUGGGAGUUUCAGUGAGUACAUUGAAAAGAAGAUUUUACGAAGAAUUCAACAUGAAAUGGCCCUAUGUGCCCACAAAACAACUCACCUCUACAAGCUCACUUUCAAAAAGAAAGCAUAGUAAAUCACCUGCUUCCUCGAAUGCUACAACAACAACAACAACAACAGGAGGAGGAGCAGGUGCAGAUCGUUCCGAUGCAUCAUCGACAGAAGAUCAAGUCUCUCCAAAACGAAAGAAGAUUGCUUCAUUGAGUGGCACUACGAAUAGUCACAGUAAUAAUAAUAUGCAUCAGAUUGGAACUGGUCAGAAGGUUCAAUUGUCAAAUUCUUCGGUCGCAACAACGUUUAGAAAACCAUCCAUCAGCUCGGCACAAACAGACAGUGCAUCAAGUUCUGAAGAAUCGAAUGCAAUGAUGGCACGUCACAGGAAUAGUGAUUCGUUGAUAAUGGAACAUCCUCCUCUUCCUCAUCGCCAACAUGUUGUUACCACCACCAUUCAUCAACCUUGUUCCAAUUUUCCUUCUUCUCAUCAACCCACACGAAUGGCGGAACAAGAAAGAUUAUUGUCACAUUCUGAAUCACAUCACCACCAUUCUCUCCAUUAUUAUAAGCCUCAACGAUAUGGUCAUAAUCAAUAUUCACAAAUAGAUCAACAACAGGAUCGUCACGAUGGUGAAGUUCCAAGCACAGAAAUGAGAAAUUACUCCACGUCUUUUAUUCCACGUCCUUAUCCUCCUUCAGUUCAUGAUCCAAAAAGUUCAACCUUUGAAUUUCCCUCUUCUAGAUCCCAUCGUUCACAACAACAACAACAGCACGUUCAACAUUCACCUUCUUCACAUGCAUUUGUACACUCACCACACCCUUCUCAUUCUCAACAUUCUCUGUAUCCAUCAACACAACAUCAUGCUUCAUUUCAAACUCUCUUGCAACAGCCUUUAAAGUCACUUUCUGACACUUUUCUGCAUUUUAAUCCUCCAAUUAUUCCUUUGAAUCGAAGAGCUUCAGAAUUAUUGAAUAAUGAAUUAUUGAUUGGGUCAUCAUCUUCUACAAGCCCUUCCCGUUCAUCAUCUAGGAAUAUGAAUGAAACUGAAGACAAUGAAGCACAACGAAUCACCUUACCACCCAUUUCUUCACUGCACCAUCAGAUUGAUCGAUUGUGA